AUGCAGUGCUAUACCGAGCUCACGCCGCCGACUGGCGUGCAGCACAGCCUGAGUCUCCCUUUCCUCUCGGCGCAGAGCAACAAUCUGGUCGUCGCAAAGGGCUCGCUGCUUCAAAUCUUUGCAACAAAGACCAUCUCGUCAGAGAUUGACCACACGCAGAAUCGUGAGAAACAGACCUCGAGGGCUGAUACCCAGUACGACCGCCGAUUGAACGACGACGAUGGCCUCGAAUCCUCCUUCCUUGGCGGCGACGGCAUGCUGGUUCGCGCCGAUCGCACCAACAACACCAAGCUUGUCCUCGUCGCCGAAUACCCAAUAUUUGGAGUCGUGGCAGGCCUUGCGAGGAUCAAAAUUCAAAAUUCCAAGUCUGGAGGCGAAGCUCUGUUGAUUGCUACAAGAGUGGCUCGUUUGAGUCUGGUGCAAUGGGAUCCCGAGAAACACGCACUCGAGGACGUCUCCAUCCACUUCUACGAAAAAGAAGAGCUCGAAGGCUCGCCAUUCGAUGGCCCGUUGAGCAAUUACCCAACUCAUCUUGCUGCCGAUCCCGGCUCCCGAUGUGCCGCUCUCCGAUUUGGCUCCAGAUACAUCGCCUUCCUACCCUUCAAACUAAACGAUGAGGACAUAGAUAUGGAUGACUGGGAUGAGGAUGUGGAUGGACCUCGGCCGGCAAAAGAGCCGUCAGCAACUGCGGCUACAAAUGGAACUAGCAACUUAGCAGAUGUACCAUACUCAACGUCAUACGUCCUCCCUCUCCCGCAGCUUGAUCCCAGUCUCCUCCAUCCUGUGCACCUCGCCUUCCUGCAUGAGUACAGAGAGCCGACCUUCGGUAUCAUCUCUUCAAUGCAGCGCCGCUCCAACACCCUACCUCGGAAAGACCACUUCUCCUACAAAGUCUUUACCCUCGAUCUGCAACAACGGGCAUCCACGGCUAUUCUUUCCGUCAACAACUUGCCGCAGGACCUCUUCAAAGUCAUUGCCCUUCCAGGCCCUAUUGGAGGAGCGCUUCUCGUCGGCACCAACGAGCUGAUCCACAUUGACCAGUCUGGCAAGCCCAAUGGCGUGGCGGUCAAUGCGUUCACCAAGGAGACGACCAGCUUUCCUCUGGCCGAUCAGUCGGAGUUGGAUCUGCGGCUCGAGCACUGCUACAUUGAGCAAAUGUCUCCUGAGAAUGGAGAGCUGCUCAUGGUGCUCAGCGAUGGUCGUUUGGCCAUCAUCGCUUUCAAAAUCGAUGGACGUACCGUUUCCGGACUCAGUGUCAGGAUAGUACUCGCGGAGGCUGGAGGCAACGUUGUGCAGUGCGGUGCCUCUUCGAUUUCAAGGCUGAGCAAGAACGCGUUCUUUAUUGGCAAUACUGGUAGCGACUCCCUCGUUGUGGGUGUCACCCGGAAACAGACACAAAACGCGCGGAAGAAAACGCGUUUGGUUGACGACUCUUUCGCGGACGACCUCGAAGAUGAGGAUAUCGACGACGACGACGAUGAUGAUCUUUACGGCGAAACCACAACGACAGUCCCGUCGAGCACAGCCGCUAAUGGCGUGCCCAAAGGAGGAGAGAUAUCGUUCCGCGUUCACGACUCUCUCCUGAGUUUAGCUCCGGUCAAGGAUAUGACGACGGGCAAGCAAGCUUUCAUCCCGGAGAGCGAGGACGAGAAGAACUCGGUCGGCGUCGUAGCUGAUUUGCAACUUGCGGCUGCCGUCGGCAAGGGUAAUGCAGCCGCCAUCGCCAUCAUGAACCAGAACAUUCAACCAAAGGUCAUUGGCAAGUUUGAGUUCCCAGAGGCGAGGGGAUUCUGGACCAUGUGCGUUCAAAAGCCGAUUCCAAAAUCACUGCAGGGCGAUAAGGGCGCAAAUGCUGCUGUGGGCAGCGAAUUCGAUGCUUCAUCUAUAUACGACAAGUUUAUGAUUGUUUCCAAGGUUGAUCUAGACGGUUACGAAACGUCAGAUGUUUAUGCUCUUACAGGCGCUGGUUUUGAGGCUUUCACGGGGACAGAGUUUGAUCCUGCGGCAGGUUUUACGGUGGAGGCGGGCACUAUGGGAAAACACAUGCGUAUCAUUCAGGUUCUCAAGUCUGAGGUGCGAUGCUACGAUGGAGACCUCGGCUUGAGUCAAAUCUUGCCGAUGCUUGAUGAGGAGACGGGAGCUGAACCACGAGUCGUCAGUGCCAGCAUCGCGGACCCCUAUCUCCUGCUGGUACGAGAUGAUGCGAGCAUUAUGGUGGCUCAAAUUGAUAACAACAACGAACUCGAAGAGAUGGAAAAGCAAGACGACACUAUCUUAUCAACACAAUGGCUUGCCGGGUGUUUGUACACCGACACCACCGGUGUGUUUGCUCCAAUCCAAACCGACAAGGGUACGCCAGAGAGCCAAAGCAUUUUCAUGUUCCUGCUCAGCGCAGUGGGAGCUUUAUAUAUAUACGCUCUUCCCGACCUCUCAAAACCGGUCUAUGUUGCUGCUGGAAUGACCUACGUCCCCCCAUUUCUCUCUGCGGACUACGCCGUUCGUCGAGGCACAGUUCAAGAGACAUUGACGGAAGUUCUCGUGGCCAAAUUGGGCGAUGCCACGGAGUCUUCGCCAUAUCUUAUUCUUCGACAUGCAAACGACGACAUUACUAUAUAUGAACCCAUUCGCCUUGAAUCGCAGGACAAGUCCGAGGGCCUUGCAAAGACUCUCCACUUUCAAAAGAUCACAAAUCCGGCUCUGGCCAAGAGCCCAGUUGAAGUAGCAGAUGACGAUGCCAAUGAGCAACCUCGUUUUGUUCCUCUUCGACCGUGCGCAAACAUCAACGGCUACAGCACCGUCUUCCUUCCUGGUGCUUCGCCAUCCUUCAUCAUCAAAUCUGCCAAAAGCGCUCCCAAGGUGUUGGGUCUGCAGGGCAUCGGCGUUCGUGGCAUGAGUUCUUUCCAUACCGAAGGCUGCGAGCGCGGUUUCAUUUACGCCGAUUCAGAGGGGCACACACGUGUCACGCAAUUGCCCGCCGACACAAGUUUCGAGCUAGGUGUGUCCAUUCGCAAGAUCCCAGUCGGAGAUGCUAUCGGUCUCAUCGCCUACCAUCCUCCCAUGGAGACGUACGCCGUUGCCUGCAGUGUGUCGGAGCCCUUCGAGCUCCCCAAGGACGACGACUACCACAAGGAAUGGGCCAAGGAGACCAUCACCACGCUCCCGCAGAUGGAGCGCGGUAUCAUCAAGCUCCUCAGUCCCGCCACAUGGUCCGUCAUUGACACUGUCGAGCUCGAUCCCCACGAGGUUGCCAUGUGUAUGAAGACGCUCCACCUCGAAGUGUCCGAGGAGACCAAGGAACGCCGCAUGCUUAUUGCCAUUGGCACGGCCGUCAACCGCGGCGAGGACCUGCCCAUCCGUGGCCGCAUCCUCGUAUACGAUGUCGUGCCCGUUGUGCCCCAACCUGGACGCCCAGAGACGAACAAGAAGCUCAAGCUGGUCGCCAAAGAGGAGAUUCCCCGCGGCGCCGUCACCGCUCUUUGCGAGGUUGGAUCGCAAGGCCUGAUGCUCGUCGCGCAGGGGCAGAAGUGCAUGGUCCGUGGCCUGAAGGAAGACGGCACCCUCCUGCCUGUCGCAUUCAUGGACAUGAGCUGCUACGUCACCUCCGUACGCGAGGUGCGAGGCACCGGCUACUGCCUCAUGGCUGAUGCCUUCAAGGGUGUCUGGUUCGUGGGCUACGCAGAAGAGCCUUACAAGAUAAUGCUCUUCGGAAAAAGCACUGGCAAGUUUGAGGUCUUGACAGCAGACUUUUUGGUCGAUGGAGACGAGCUGCACAUCGUCGUCUGCGACAAGGACGGCGUCAUUCACGUAAUGCAAUUUGACCCUGAGCACCCGAAGUCUCUCCAAGGCCACUUGCUGCUCAACCGUGCCUCCUUCUCGGCUGCGCCGAACCACCCUACUGCAACCUUAUCACUGCCCAGAACAACCACCACCGCACAAUCCGCAUCCGCGUCCAAAAACCCACCAUCAACGCUCAUGCUUGCUUCUCCCACGGGUGUUCUUGCGGCCCUGACCCCGCUAUCAGAGCAGGCUUACCGACGCCUGACAUCCCUGUCCAAUAGCAUUGCCGCAGCGCUCCCUCACGCAGCCGCCACGAACCCAAAGGCUCACCGGCUCCCGCCCCUGGACGCGCGCCCGCCGGGCGUCGACACAAGCGCCGGACGCACCAUCGUCGACGGCGCGCUCCUAUCCCGCUGGAACGAGCUCGGCGCAGGACGCAGGUCGGAAGUCGCCGGCAAGGGCGGCUACGGUAACGUGCUGGAGGUCCGGGGCGAGCUGGAAGGGAUCCUCGGAUGGAACGGGUUGGCCUACUUCUGA